AUGGCAGAGAGCGAAGCAGAUAUCAUCGUUGUAGGAGGGGGAACGGCGGGUUUGAUUACUGCCGGCCGUCUGGCUCAGGCUAAACCGGACCUCUCGAUAUUGGUGAUUGAGGCGGGAGCUAAUUAUCGAGGUAACCAGAUGGUGGUCAACCCAGCGAUAUACCUUUCGCAUAUCGCGCCGACGUCGACGGUCGCCAAGUUCUACAAAUCCAAGCCCAGUGAUUACCUUGCAGGACGAGAGGCCAUUGUCUCGACUGCUAACAUCCUUGGAGGAGGCAGUUCCAUAAAUUUCAUGGUCUAUGCCAGGGCCCAAGAAGUAGAUUUUGAUGAUUGGAACACAGAGGGUUGGAGGGGAAAGGAUAUGAUACCGUUCCUUCAGAAGAUCGAGCGAUUCCAAGAUAGAGAUCCCGAAAUAGAUAAAUCUAUCCAUGGCUACAACGGGGAGCUGAGCAUUUCGGCGGGAGGGACAUACGUGCAGGACUCGUUCCAGAAAGUUUUCUUCAAAGCUUGUGAAGAGAUUGGUAUCAAGAAGGUUCCAGAUGUACAGGAUUUCAAGACGGCAAAUGCUGUUGGAGAUCACAAUGCUAUCUUUUAUUCAUACUCCUCAAAAGCGACAGCGGAAGAAACACUAGAUGGGCUACUCACUGGCCGCCUCACUUUCGAAAAAGCAGUGGAGCAAAAGGCUGCCAAUUCCUGCUUUGGCAAAUCAGUCACCGAUAUUCCAGAGUUUAAUACCGGCUUUCUCAACCACCCUGUGGAUACUGCCAUAUACAAUGGUCCCCACAGUAUUGGUCAUCCCAUAUUUCCGCCCGGGUCAAAGGCAGACCCCGAGAUAGUCGACGCAGCUUCUAAAGCCCAGGGAUACCCAGCGCCGAUAGAAUACUCUGAAGCAGACAACAAGGUCAUUGAACAGUUCAUCCGCGAGAAUCUCACCACUACAUGGCAUAGUAUGGGCACCUAUCUGUCGAUAUGCCCUGCCAAUGUUGCCGCAAACACGUACUCAACGGCGCUUGCUAUUGGGGAGAAAGCUGCGAGCAUUAUCGCGAGGGAGUUGGGAAUCUCUGCGUAUUCAACACAAAAGCGGUUUUUCCCCCCAGGUGAACUGAAGGACGCAAGCUCCAAGGGCAAAGCGGGCGGGUUGCUGGCAUGGCAGCGCGACCCAAGGGCCAUCGCAAACCUUCUCACCCCUGUACCGGUUCCAAGCGGCGCUAUUUUGCAAUUGAUUUCCAUUGUCGGGAAAGCAGGAGUUGAGUGGAGAGGAGACCACCAGGACGCCGAAACCCAUGCCCAGGAACGAAAAUCGACAAGGUCCGGGUAG